AUCCAUAGGAUGGUACGGUCCGUUGCCUAGGUGCUAGUAGAAGCCAAUUCACUCCGCCACGCCUGUCCUCAGCACUCCGCUUUAUUGUCGCCUUUACCCAUUAAAAGGAGAACCUCAAGGACAAGAGACGUUUCCAUGGAUGGAUUUCAACAACAAUGGGAGUGAUGAAGUUUGAGGAUCUGCUGAUCUUGGCCACAUCAUUGCAAAUUCUGCUGUGUUAUGUUGAAUAAAUUGUUGCUUGGGAUCAGCACUUUUAACAUUGAGGAAAAAAGUUAAUCAUUCACAGAUGCACCUUCAUCAAACUUGAUGCAUGGCCAUGGAUCGCGAAGAGGUGCGGACUGAGCUGGACCAGAUUUCUAUGCGGCUUCAGGAGGAUGGCUUGCCUCCUGGGGCCAGUGUUGAGGAGCGACAGCGUCACUUAUGGCAGCAGCUGCUCAACAGUGAGGCAAAGCUCCAGUCAGCCACCCAGGAGCUGCAGACUGUACGCACCCAGCAGGCCAAUGAGAUGAAGGAGGUGGAGAGUUAUGUUGCACAUAUUCGUGGGCUGCUGGAAGAGCGUGAGUGUCUGACUGCAGACUAUGAAAGAGACAAUGAACACUUGCGACAAGAGCUUCACCAGAUCAGACAACAACAAGAGAGUCAGAGCAAGGAGCUGGCGGAGUUGUUGGCUCAGGAGGACCUCGGGGAGAUGGGUUUGAGCAGCCCCAGUGAGCAGGUGGCCUACCUGCUGGUGGAGAGGGCCACACUACUGGAAAGGCUAGAGGCCACUGAGAGAAGAUUGGAAAGUCAGAGCCUCACUGACAGCUUGAGGGAAGCCCACCACCAGGAGCAUAUUCACCAGAGAAUGGGGGAGGAGAUAAGGCAGCACAGAGAGGAUAUGCAGAAAACCAUAGAUAAUGUAACGAAGCAGUGUUCAUCCCAGAGUCCAUUGAAGAAGCUGUUUGGGCUGCGCAGGUCUGGUCAGAACAAACACAAUAUUACCCCUGCUCACAGUGAGGAGAUUUCCCGGGAGCGAAUUGAGCGCCAGAGGCUUGAGCGGGACCUGGAAGAGGCAUCUAGGAGGCUGGCAAUGGCUCAUCAGGAUAUCCGCAGACUCACCAAUGAGCUGGAUGUUUCCAAAAACAACAACCUAGAUCCAAGUGGAUCUGAGCUGCAGGGAACAGUCCAAGAAGUAGAAAACCUGAGGAAGGAAGUGGACAAACUGAAACAAUGUGAUAUGAUGAAGCUGCAGCGAGCCAAAGAGCAAAACGACAGACUGGAUGCUGAGAACAGAUCUCUUAGGGAGAGAGUCCGCUCUUUAGAAUCUGAGAAGAAAGAUCUCUUGGACCAGUUGGCAAUAAAUGAUGCCGACCAAGAAGUUGUAGCCAAAGAGGAUCGAAAGGACAAGAGCAUUAGCGGUGAACCACACAACAAUCUGUCUGGCCACGAAAAAGAUUACAUUCACAAACGGUGUCGUGAGGCGAUGGAAGAUGGGCUUGUACAGGUGAGGGAGCUGCAACGGCAACUCCAGAGGCUACGCAAGGACCAGGAAGAGCUGGAGGAGAGGAAUGAGGAGCUGGAGGCACUGCUGGGUGAGGCCCAGAACACCAGCAAGGAGGAGAGGCAUCGCCACGAGGGAGAACUGGAGGGACUCCACAGGAGGAUCAAAUGCCUGGAGGCAGAGCUGAAGAAGCAGGAUGCCCAAGAAAAAAUGUUGAAGAACGGAGAAGAGGUGAAACCCACUGAGUCCUUCUUACAAAUGCACCUAAGGGACAGCAGUCAGGAGAGACUGGCUCUGCUAGAGGCUCGUCUGACGGAGGAGAAGGACUGGAGGAAACAGCUGGAGGUAGACCUCAGUGCUGCCCAGGCUGCCCUCAAAAAAGACAAGGAGGCUUUGCAGAUAGGUGAGCGAGAGCUGAAGAAGCUGAGACUUGAGGUCAACAGCCUUCAGACCGAAUGUCAACAAGGGAAAACGCUCAUCAAAAGCCUUACACAAGUCAAGGGGGAAAAAGCAGUUCUGGAGGAAAAGGUGGCCCAAAUGGAGCGUGCCCACAGCCGGCUCCAAAGCGAGUUGGAACGUUACAAGGACAGUAACCGGACCCAAGAGGACCUCAGGGAAAACAGGCUUCAGGUGGACCAGCUGCAGGAGCAGGCUGACCGACUAAAUGCUGAACUUAGCAGCCUCCAGACAGCACACAGCGCCUUGAGGGAUGAGAUGGUUUCUGAGCGGCUCCAGACGUCCGACCUCCGGGCCAAGCUGAACUCCAGUGUCCAGGAGAAGCUGACGACUGAGGGGGAAAGAGAGAGACUGGAUCUCGAGAUAAAGCGCCUCAAAGAGCAGCUCAAGUGGCAUCAAGAGCAGCUCUCCUCUACAAAAGAAGCACUUCAUAGCAGCCAGAAGCUUGAGCUGCACACAGCUCAUGUCGAAUCUAGGCUGAGUCCAGUGGAGAGGACCAAGGAUGAGGGUGUGGAUCAGUUUUCAUGUCUGAAGCAGGACCUGAAUCAUUUGCAGACCAAGCUGGGGGAGGAGCGGCAGCUGGCCUCUCAGCACCAACUGGCCCUGCAGGCUCAGGUCAAUGAAGCCCAGGCACGCAUCAAGUCCCUGGACUUAGUGCUGAGCCAGAGGGCAGAGGAGGCUAAACAGAUGAAGCAGGACCUGCAAAGGGCCCAGAGCCUGUUCUCCUCUGCAGAGAGAGAGCUGCGCUACGAGAAGGAGAAGAACAUGGACCUGAAGAGACACAACACCUUGCUGGACCAAGAAAAACUCAAGCUUUGUGCAGAGCUAAAGCAGGUCCAGACCAAGCUGGUCCAGGUGGAACAGAGCAGCCACACUCAGGCGGCCGAGUGUGAACGUCAGCAGCAGAAAAUCAGAGAACUGGAGUUGGAACUGGCACGCAACUCCACAAACCGCAGUGCUACCUCCAGUCUGCAGGAGGACCUGCAGGCUGAGAGGGCGCGGCUCAUCGCUGCUGACAAGAAGGUGUUGGAGCUGCAGCAGCAGCUUAAGAGUGCCCAGCACCAGCUGCGCGUGGAGGAAGCCCGGGCCGGUGAUAGCAGCCGCCUGGAGAGGGACAGCAGGGAUUUGUCUGACACCUUGUCAGCCUUGAGAGCCAGGCAGCAGGAGGAGCACAUCACCAGAAAGCUGUUAGAGCAGCGUGAGGAGGAGCUGCAGCAGCAGGUGCGCUCCCUGAGGCUGAAGGAGGCCUCCGUGAACAGGACAAAUGCAGAGCUCAGCCACCGCACCCAGCAGCUGGACACUCGUCUGACCAUCCUGGAGGCUGAGCUUAGCAAGGCCAGAGAGGAAGCGAGAGACAGUCAGAAGUCAAGCCACAGACUGCAGGAGGAAUUAGUGGCCACUCAGCAGGAGUGUGACAGACUGCAGGGGGAGCUGCAGCAAGUUCUCCUCCAGCUGGACACACAUGUCCGGAAGUACAACGAAAAGCAGAGUCAGCACAAAACCAAGCUGCGUCAGGCCAAGCAGAUCUUUCUCAAGGCGACUGCACAGAGGGACCGCAUCAUCCAGAAACUGGAGAACGACCUGGGGCUGGCCUCCAGCCUCUCGCUAAAGGAGAAAGAGAGGAUCCAAACAGUGACAGAAGAAAAUGAGAAGCUUUUGGAGGAGAAGAGGGAGUUGUUGCGGAAGAUAAGUGAGGCAGAGGAAAUGGGCAGCAAAGGCAUGAGGACCGCCUCCACUGUCCAACACAGAGUCAACGUCUUAGAAGUGGAAAACAGACAACUUCAAGAUCGGACCCUGAAGCUCUCCAAUCAAGUCAGUUCCUUAGAGCGAGCCCUGAGGAAUGUCCAGUCGUUCUACAGCCUGGAGAAUGCCAAGAAAGUGCUUCCCCCUGAAAGUGUCUGUGAUGGCAUCCUGCAUACUUCUACGCUAAGACUGGCAUCAGGUUCGUGUGACGCGCUGGACAUCCUGGACGCAAUCUGCCGUGUGAAGGUGAGCGACCGUGCGGCGGUGGACGGCACUCGAGCGUCCGUCUCCACGCACCAACCAUCAGAGCAGGGCUACCUGAAUCUCACCUCCCCAUUGGUUCCUCCAGAUAUUAAAGGCACAGAGGAAAGCUCAAACAACAGCGAGCAGGUAUGAGAGGUGGGAGGUUGUUGGCCUGUGUUUGCAACAGUGAGACUGAGCGACAACGUAUUGGGUUAGUACAACAGCAUCCGCCGCUUCCACUGGAGACGAAAAUUUGAAUAAAGGAGUGAAAAAAAUACGUAGAAUGCAAAUAAUCAUUUGUUAAAAGGCAGUAAUAAUGAAAGGGAGCUUCCACUGCAGUUUUCCUCAGGGUGAUAUCACUUUUGUUUUGCAAAGCUUUCUUGUUUGGCUUGCAAGUCCUUUUUCUUUUUUGUUUUUAAUCCAGAAUCAGACUGAGGGUGAACAUUUGGGGGAUUUGUAAAAAAAAAAAAAAAAAAGCCCUGUGCGAGUGUCAAUCAAAUAUGUUUUACGACAUAUUUAAAAAGAAACAUGUAAUAAGAGAAUUUAAACACAUGGUACAAUCUUGUCUGUAUACACAGUUGUGCGCAUGUAUGUGGGAGGUUAGUCAGUUUGCGUCAGCACACCAAAGCAAAUCAGAAUGCUUGAAAGCCUCAUGUUGGUUUAUAGGAAAGAUUCUAUAUAUUUUUUUAAUGUAAGGGUACAAGAUAAGACAAUGUGAAUGUCAAAAAGACAUUUCAUGAGCGAGUUUUAAAUGAGACUAGUUUAAACUACUAAGCACUUUAUGAGUUUUACUCGUGUUUACCUUUUGUAAAUGAAAAAUGUAGCAACGGAAUAAACAAGUGGGUAUAACAGUAUAUCAUUGUGUGUAUUUUCCCCCCGUUAAAUUUAAUUGUGGCAGUAUUUUCAAUGAAAAAAGGCCUAUGGUGUUUGUGCUUUUACCAUGUCAAAACAAUCUUAGAAAAGAUCAACAUUUUCAAGUUUCUUAUAUCAAACAUAACUUUGAUGAUAUUGUGGACCCACUUUGUGUCUCAAUAGACUCUGUGUGGUAAACAGUUUAAAUAUCAGGGACCUUCUGUCACUCCGAUUGCUUGUCAGCAAUUGCUAGCCACUCCAGUAUUUACAAUGUGCAGCUUUGGAAGUAGUUUUAACAAGCAGCCAAAAUGUCGAGAAAUGCCACAGAAUUCCAGGAGCUUUUUUGUGUCUAUUUCCAGCACCCCAAGCUGUUUUUUACAUUGGUCAACCUCAAUGGUUUCCUCCAGGGGCGCGCCAUCAGAAAGCACUUGUACUGUUGUACAAAGAGAUCUGUGUGACAUAAGAGUAUACACAUGAACUAUUUCACACCACCAUUAUUAUUUUGUGUCAAUAAUAGAGUUGUACACUGUGGAAACCAAUGUCUAUUUUGUCUUCAAUGUGCCUGAAAUGAUGAAGUGUCUAACUUUAUCUUGCUGCUGCGUGAAUACGUUGAAUAACAAAAGCCUAUUUGCGACAGACAUGUAAACCGAGAUCUAAUGGACAAGAAACUUGUUGUAUCUGUGUAAAUACCUUUUUUAAACAUAAAACUAUUUUCAUAAAUAAAAGUGAAUAAAUAACAAA